UUCAUGGAAGAUUAUGAGGUAACUGUUCCUUUGCAGUCCCUUCAAGCUCUUGGGUGCCAUGUUGAUGCGGUUUCCCCUAAGAAAAAGGCUGGGGAUAUCUGCCCAACUGCAGUCCACGACUUUGAAGGUGACCAAACUUACAGUGAGAAGCCAGGCCAUAAUUUCAUUCUAACUGCUUCCUAUGAAGGUUUGGAUGCCUCCAGUUAUGAUGCUCUUGUCAUCCCGGGAGGCCGGGCUCCAGAAUAUUUGGCACUGGAUGAGACAGUGAUUGCCUUGGUGAAAGAAUUUAUGCAAUCUAGGAAGCCUGUUGCAUCCAUCUGCCAUGGGCAACAGAUCUUAGCUGCUGCUGGGGUUCUUAAGGGAAGAAAAUGUACUGCAUACCCUACGGUGAAGCUGAAUGUUGUCUUGGGAGGGGCAACAUGGCUAGAACCUGAUCCGAUAGAUCGCUGCUACACUGAUGAGAACUUGGUUACCGGAGCUGCUUGGCCAGGGCACCCUGAGUUUGUCUCUCAGUUGAUGGCCUUACUUGGUAUUCAAGUGUCAUUUUAGCUGCUACAACGUUAAAUAAUGUGCCUGUAUCUUAUUUCAAAUAACAUACCGAUGCAGACACCAUGCAUGUUUGGGUCUAGAAACCCAUCUUGUAUCAAAUAACACAUGGAUUCCAUAUCUGUUACUGGAAUCCUUGUCACUUGUGUUCAUCUUUGCCUGUGGACAAAAUAGACUUCCAUAUUGUUCAAAGCAACAACUCUUA